AUUCCCAGGCUUGCAGAUCAUGUUAACCCUCCUUGUGUUUGUGUUUUUGCAGAGCUGACCCUGAAUCCACCAGAAGGGAUCGUAGCAGGUCCCAUGAAUGAAGAGAACUUCUUCGAAUGGGAAGCUCUGAUUAUGGGUCCUGAAGACACCUGUUUCGAGUAUGGGGUGUUCCCUGCUAUCCUGAGCUUCCCCCUCGACUACCCCUUAAGCCCUCCGAAGAUGAGGUUCACGUGUGAGAUGUUCCAUCCAAACAUUUAUCCAGAUGGGAGAGUCUGCAUCUCUAUUCUCCAUGCCCCGGGGGACGAUCCCAUGGGAUAUGAGAGCAGUGCUGAGCGCUGGAGUCCUGUGCAGAGUGUGGAGAAGAUCCUCUUGUCAGUCGUUAGCAUGCUGGCAGAGCCAAACGAUGAGAGUGGAGCCAAUGUAGAUGCCUCCAAGAUGUGGCGGGAAGACAGAGAACAGUUUAACAAAAUUGCCAAGCAGAUCGUGCAGAAGUCACUUGGACUUUAAGCUCACAAAGAGACUGAAGCCUUUUGUAUUUCUCUUCACCUGAAAACGAGCAGUGCUCAGUGCUGGUACCAAAACUGAAAACUUUGCAAAACUAUUGGCCUAGUUCUUCUUAUCGUUUGUUAUUUAUUUACCAUCUCUUUUCUUCUUCCACUGCUCCAGAGAAGCCUCUGGUUCACUCACUAAAUUGUGUGGAAAAGGGAUUGAAAUACUAG